AUGUCGCUCGCCGCCUUCGAGCCCUUCAACAUGCCGAAGACGACGAGCGACGCGCUCGUGUCGAGUUCACAGGCCAACGCAUCAACUUCGCCAGGGGCGCUCUUGGGGACCUGCUCCGCGAUGGCCCACACGUCGUUCCGCCGCCUGAAGAUCUUGGCGUCGCUCCGUGGCCUCAAGAUCCUAGGUGCGUUCGGACCCAGGACUGCGCGACCAUCCUGCGCACCUUCAUGGACGUCCUUGGCAUCGACCAGCCAGAAGUCGGGGAUCCACCUCUGUCGGAAGAACGCGUUCGAGAAGCUGGAUUUGCGGCAGGCGGCAGAGGCAGCGUGCAAGACAACACCCAGGCCAACCCCUUUGUUUGGCAGUGAUCAGCACAGGCCCGACGGGCCCGACUUCAUGUACUCCGAGGGCCUCUACAACCGGCCCGCGUUGCUCUCGUGCGACGCGGAGGGCCUGGCCAGUCAGCCAG